AUGGCUACAAUGGUUGAAUCCGAGGUUUUGACCUCACUACCCACCAAACAACAACCAAAUCUUCCGAAGGAUGACAUCUACGGCAAAUACUAUCCCACCGACCCCAAGAACCAGAGACUGGUGUCGAACUUCGGGCCCACGAUCCCGGAGCAAGUUGGUUUACCUACAACCGACUUCCAAGGACACACCCCAUUGGAAAUUGCCUUCUCCCAAAAGAGCUCGUUCUCAAAUGUCGCCGCGAACACUCCAACUACAUGUCUCCAUCUGGCCUCUUCACAACGGGCACCGACCCAAUCGAAGGAAUCUUCAGUGAAAAGGACAGCCGCAAGGUUCCUCCCACCUGGAAACAUUCGACGACUAUUCGGACUGAAAGAUGACGAAGAGGAGUCGGAGAAAUACCUAGAAUUUAUGAUCAGUGCACACGAAGCACAAUCCUACCUUAACUUCUGGUCAACUGAUAUCGGCCAGAAGAUGGAAGAGGAGCUUAGCCGGAAUGCGGGCUAUCUCACGGAUGAGGGGCGCGUUUCCGCGUUCAAUCAGAAAAUGAAUGAUGGGGGGUUCUUGAACUGGGACACGGUCGAAUACGGGCAGAAAGUAAAUCGAAAGUGGUUGAUUGGGAAGUAUGAUGUCGGAGACGUCAUCUUCCAUAAUCCUUGGAUGGUUCAUGCCAGUUGCAAGAAUAAGUAUCCACAGAGACGUAUGAGAUUGGUGACUGAUCCGAGAUUUGUGGAUUCUACAAAGCCGUGUGAUGAGCCCUGGAUGAAAGUUUUUCGACCACUUGAUGGGUUGUGA